UUGUAAUAAUAUAUAAACGAUAAAGAACGACGACAUUGGUGUUUGCAUUGUGUUACUGAGUGUCAUUUUCACGAGUCAGAAAUUUGGUCUCUUCUUCAAAGUCUCUUCUUCACCACUACCUGUUACUGCCAAGGGUGGAUGUAAAUUUGAAGGCUGCACAUCUUUUGGGAGACUGGUGGAAGUGGAAUAUUGGAAGUACACUUGGCUACACCUCACACUCUACGGUUUUGUGAUUUGGAUCUUUGAUGGACUGCAACAAAGAAGAGGCCUUAAGGGCCAAGGGCAUUGCUGAAAAGAAGAUGGAAAACAGGGAUUUCGCAGGGGCUCGUAAAUUUGCUCUUAAGGCUAAGCAGUUGUAUCCUGUUUUGGAUAAUAUAGCCCAAAUGCUCGUUGUUUGUGAUGUGCACUGCUCUGCAGAGCAGAAAGUGUUCGAUAAUGAGAAGGACUGGUAUGGAAUUCUUCAGCUAGAACACACAGCUGGUGAUGCAAUGAUUAAGAAGCAGUACCGAAAGUUUGCUCUUCAGCUUCAUCCUGAUAAAAACAAGUUUUCUGGUGCUGAGUCUGCAUUUAAGCUGAUUGGGGAAGCUCAAAGAGUGCUUUCAGACACCAUAAGCCGAAAUAGGUAUGACAUGAAGCUUAGGUUGAAUAAAGCUUUUAUGCCUCGUCAAAAUCAACAAAAGGUUCCUACGAAUUUCAAUUCUGCGACGAAAAACAAUGUUGCGCCCAACUUUACAAACUCAAACACCCAAAAGCAGCAGAAAAAUAAGCAGCCCGCACAGCAGCAGCAAAAUAAGCAGCCCGCACAGCCGCAGCAAAAUAAGCAGCCCGCUCAGCAGCAGCAAAACGGUGUGCGCCGCACUUUUUGGACUGCCUGCCCAUUUUGCACCGUGAGGUAUCAGUACUAUAGAGAAGUUAUAAAUAAAUCUAUUCGCUGUCAACAAUGCCAUAGGCCCUUCGUUGCGUAUAUCGUGGACGGGCAAGGUUCGUCUCAAACAACUAACUCAAGUCAGCAAGCAUUUGGCCAGCAGAAAGAUGGUUUGAAUAAUGGUACUCAGAAGGAAAAUAUCGGAUCUCAAAGCAGCUCGCAUACUGAGAAGUCCAAUACAAGGCCUUUCAACAAUAAAGACCCUGUUGAUGUCUCGGGAAAGCCAAGUGUGAAGAGAAAGUGGAUUUCAGUGGAAGAACUCAAUCUAAGCUCUGAUUCUUCGAGCAGUAGUGAUUCUGAUUCUGACAGUGAAAUAUUUGCUGGUGUGAAUGGCUUUCCAGGUGUAAAAAACCAUUCAACUGGGCAGCCAAGCAGAUCUGUGCGACAGAAGCCUAAUGUUUCCUACAGUGAUAAUAUGAGCGUCAAUGACUUAUUAAAACCUUCAAAAAGGGGUGAGGAGAAUGGAGCACCUUGUGUUAAUGGUCAAAUUCAUAACGAGACAGCUAAAAUGAAUGAUCAGAAUGGUUCAGCAGCUGAUCCAAAAGAUGAACAUGAAAAGUUAAAGCAGAAGAAACAAGAUUUUCAUUCAAAAGAGAGCUCACUGAAUAGAAAUGAGAGGAAAAAUUGGGCAAAUGGAAAAGAAGCUGUGGGUGGAUCAAAGCAGAUGGGUGAAACUUCAGAGCAUUUUUCUCCAAAUUCAAUCUAUAAGGCAACAAAUCAUCCUAAUGCUAAUGGAUAUCCCAAAGCAGAGCAUUCUUCUCCAAAUUCAAUCUCUAAGGCAACAAAUUAUCCCAAUGCUUAUGUCUAUCUCAAUGCUGAGUUCAGCGAUUUUGACAAGGACAGAAAAAAAGUAUGUUUUGCGCCUGGGCAGAUUUGGGCUAUGUAUGAUACAACAGAUGGCAUGCCUAGAUUCUAUGCUUUAAUCAGAGAAGUUCUCUCUCCUGGAUUUCAUUUGAAGGCAACCUGGCUUGAACCACAUCCAGAUGACCAUGAUCAAAUCAAGUGGGUAGAUAAGGAAUUGCCUGUGGCUUGUGGGAAAUUUAAACUUGGGACCACUGAUAUCAUUAAAGAUCAACUGAUGUUUUCUCAUCUAGCUCAGUGUGAUAAGAUUGGCCGCAAUACUUUUAAAGUCUAUCCUAGAAAGGGAGAAACAUGGGCUCUUUUUAAAAAUUGGGAUAUCAAAUGGUACAUGAAUGCAGAAUUUCCUAAGCAUUAUAGAUAUGAGUUUGUGGAAAUCUUGUCAGAUUAUGUCGAAGGUGAGGGUGUAUCUGUUGUGUACUUGGGGAAGUUGAAAGGUUUUGUAAGCCUCUUCUUUCAAAUUAUGAAAGAAGAUAACCGGUCAUUUCAAAUUCCAUCCCGGGAGUUAUUUAGGUUUUCUCACAGGAUUCCAUCUUUUAAAAUGACUGGUCAGGAAGGAGCAGGCGUUCAAUUAGGAUAUUUAGAAUUUGAUCCUGCAUCUAUACCAUUGAAUCUUGAAGAAUUUUCUGUUCCUCGAAAUUUGGAUGUGAAUGCAAAAUCUUCAAAAAAAUCAAAACCCUUUAUGAGGCCGGAAGAAAUUGCAUCCACUUCUAAGGUUAAUAUUGAACCAAGCAAUCCGACUGAGAUGAAAGAUUCUCUUGAUGAUAUGGAUGACGGUCAUGCUACUCCGACUUCAACCCUUGAUGCAUUUGAAAUUCCAGAUGCUCAAUUCUUCAACUUUGAAACUUGGAGGUCCCUUGAUAAGUUCCAGAUUGGUCAAAUAUGGGCAUUUUACAGCGAUGAAGAUGGAAUGCCAAAAUACUAUGGUGAGAUUAAAAAAAUUAAGACUAGCCCUGACCUUGAGUUGCAUGUUAAUUGGCUUGCUUGCUCCCAGCUACCAGAGGGCACCUCUAAAUGGAUAAAUGAAGAUAUGCUUACUACCUGUGGCAGAUUUAGAAUCAUGAAAACAAAUGAUUUUUUCUCGAUUUACAAUAGCCUGUCUUGUAUUUCACAUCAAGUACGAGCUGAGGCUAUCGGUAAGAGUUACGCCAUCUAUCCAAGAAAAGGUGAAGUAUGGGCUGUAUAUAAGAAAUGGUCAAGUGACUUCAAGUGUUCUGACCUGAAAAAUGUGGAGUAUGACAUAGUGGAAGUUCUUGAAGAAGGUAGUUGUUUUAUAGAGGUUUUAGUUUUGGAGAAUGUUAGUGGAUAUCGCAGCGUCUUCAGAUGCAAAGUAGUUGAUGGUUGUUCUGUCAAAGUGAGAAUGCCCAGAAAAUAUUUGCUUGCUUUCUCUCACCAAAUUCCAGCUUUCAAACUGACACAAGAGCAUGGCAUCCUCAAGGGCUUCUGGGAGCUUGAUCCAGGUGCGCUACCACCUUCGUUCCUUUGGCCUUAGAUGAAGCUUGGCGGGGAGGAAGAAGCCUUGGUAGAGACUGAUAUCCUCGAGGUUUGGUAUGAUAUAUAGUUUUUCUUUUUUGGAAGCUUAGCCUUUUGUAAUUAAGAUGAAACUAUAGUUUUUGCUGAUAUGACAGCACGGUGUAACAUUUUGGGGUACUGUUCCGGCUAACUCUUGAAAGACAAAGGUUUAUUGUGCCGGUUAUUGGUUGCAUUCGUGGCUUUCAUAGUGACAGUUUACAGCUAUAAAGAAGUUAUAAUAUGUUAUUUUGUUA